AUGGUAUAAUUUUUUAUCAUUGCAGCAAAUAUUGUAGAUAAACUGAAUAGAUUUAUAGAAGCAAUAAAAUAAUAUGAUUCAGCUAUUCAGAAAAAUCCCGAAAAUUCAGAUUUAUAUUAUGGCAAAGGUAUAAAUUAAUGAUGUAUAUUUUCUUAGCUAUUACUUUAGAAAAGAUGAAUAGAUAUGAAGAAGCAUUGGAGAAUUAUGAUUUAGCAAUUCAAANUACCAGCUCAGGCUAUUGUUAUAAAGAGGAAUUAGAGAUAUGGAAAAAAUUUCAAAUAUUAUGCUUUUCUCAAAUGUUAGUUAUUUAAUAGAUACCGAAAACAAUUUUACCAAUUUAAGCUUUUGUAAUUAGAUUAUGCAUGAAUAAUAAUAAAUAGAUUUAAUACUGUCUUAAAAUCUCUAUAAAAAGAUUUGUAAAAAACUUAACAUAUUCAUAAUUUAUCAAUUUGAUUACUGCAGUGGAUUUUCAAAAUAUUUUAUUCCUUUAUUGUAUUCUAGUCUCUUGCGAUAAUGACUUUUCAAACAUAAUAAUAAGUGGAUUUUAUAAAUAUAAAUAUAUAUUAUCUGUGUAUUAAAUAUUGCUGCUGUCAAAUCUCAUAAUCCAUUCAUGA